AGACAUGUUAUAGUCUGAAAAGCAUCUGUCAGUCCACACACCUGUACACAUCAGUUCACAUGUUAUGUCUACCAGUAAGAGGAUUGUCUCAGUUUAUGUAUCAGUUAGCAUGUGAUACAUUUAACAUAAAUCUGAGGAAUGAUACUUCUUUCUAAGGAAAAAAAAAAGAAGGAGAAAAAAAGGGCAGGGAAUAGAGAGAUCCAAUGAUUGAGAAAUACAGGGGUGGAUGAAUAAUAAAACUCCAGUUAACCAACAUAUCUUGUCAGAGCAGGCAAAGAAAUAGAAGCUGCACAAUGGAGUGCUACAUCUUUCCCAUUAUGUUCCUGAUCUUGACUAUGGAGUGUUCAGCGCGCAGAUUCUUCAUCUCAGCCCCCCGUGUGUUUCAUGUGGGUGUUAAUGAGAAGGUUUUUGUCCAGAUUGGAAACUCUUAUCUUAAUAGUCCUGUCACUCUCUACCUGGAGCAUGAGAGUACCAGUACUGUUGUGUCUGAGAAGAAAACCACUCUGUGCGCUGUAGAAGGGGCGACCAAAACAGUUGAGCUCAUGAUGGACAGGGAGCGUAUGUUAAGAUUACCUCAACGUAAUGAGCUAAAAUACUUGCUGCUGGUGGCAGAGAGCCCCUCCUUCACGACCAGGAAGACAACAAAGGUUCUGAUAUCAGCACACAGGGGCUAUAUCUUCAUUCAGACUGAUCAGCCAAUCUACAACCCAACACAGAAAGUGAGGUACAGGGUGUUCACUCUUGACCACACAAUGAGGCCUCACAAGGAGGUGUUCCAGAUAUCAGUAUAUAAUGCUGUUGGAAAUAAAGUAAUGAAGACACUAAAGACUGCCAAGGGAGGGGUACUCCAAGGCAUUUUCCCCAUACCUGAUGUAUCGAAAUUGGGCACAUGGACGAUUGCAGCACACUAUGAACAUGAUGAAGCAAAUGCUGUGUCUCGAGAGUUCAAAGUCCAAAAAUUUGUUUUACCGAGUUUUGACGUGGACAUUGCAAUGGAGCAGAGCUAUAUUUUGUUGAAGGCAGAACAGUUUGACUUCUCCAUCGUAGCAAGGUAUUCAUAUGGAGAGCAAGUUAAAGGGGCUUACCACUGCCAAUUUGGAGUGAUUGAAAAAGAUAAAACCCGUAGCCAGAAAAUGAAGCCUGUGUUUAUCAGGGGGCUGGAGUUAACUGGUUCGGUCAAGGAUGGAGCUGCAGCAGCUUCUUUACAGAUAGAAGACUUAAAGGUGCACCUGCAAAAACAACAGAACAAAACCCUCUCCGAGUUACAGCAGAAGGGAGCGCAACUCUACUUGAGAGUAUUUGUCACCAACAUACAAAGUGGUGAAAUACAAGAGGCCGAAGUUUACCUUCCUAUCAUCGCCCACAAAUACACCAUGGAUCUCUCUCGAACUCGCUCAUAUUUCCUUCCUUCAUACCCAAUAGAUGUGGUGAUGGUCGUGCGACUUCCAGAUGGGUCCCCAGCAGCUGAUGUGCCAGUAAAGAUUAAUGUAACAACAUCUUCAGAGGAAUCUUGGCAAGGAACCACCAACCAGGAGGGGGCAGUGUUUCCUGUCUUUAAUAUGCCCACUGGAGCUCAGAUUACUGUUGUAGUGUCGGCAGAUGGCCAGCAACAAAAGAAAGUAAUUCCGAGCGCUUCAUCUCCGAGUAACAGUUUCCUUUACUUGAGUAUUACCAACAAGAUGUACUCUGUGGACGAUCUACUAAAAGUAACGUACAACACCAUCAAUGGCCCAACACAUGGGUAUAUAUACUACAUGGUCUUGAGUCGCGGGAUCCUAAUAAAAAAAGGCUCUCUCGGAAUUGGUAAAUCAGUAAUAGACAACCUGCAAAUAACAUCUGAUAUGGUGCCAUCCUUCCGUCUGAUUGGCUACUACUACAGCAAGGAUGGUGACAUCAUUGCGGACUCGGUGUGGGUAGAUGUCAAGGAUGAAUGUGAGCUAACGGUCAAUGUACAACAAACGGGCCCGUUAGAACCUGGAAAACAGUCUUGGAUAGAAUUUGAUUUAUAUGGACAGAAAGCCAAAGUGGCUUUGCUGGCUGUAGAUAAGGCUAUCUACGCUCUCAAUGCCGAUAAUAAACUCACAGCCAAACAGGUCUUUUCCUCCAUGCAGUCGUAUGACCUUGGUUGCUCAUUCAGCGGAGGAUCUGAUCCUGCUUCUGUACUAACAGAUGCUGGCCUGUCUUUUGUAUCUGAAUCCAAAUCAAUGUGGAAAAGGAGCUGUGAUUCACAAGCUGCUCGACAAAGGCGUGCAGUGGACCUUCAACAAGAAAUGAUGACUUUAAAAUCAAACUUUACCGAUGAUCAUUUGCAAGUCUGUUGUGUCCGCGGGUUUUCUCUCAUCCCCAUGAGACGAACAUGUGAGGAGAGAGUGAAGAGAGUCUCUCUGGUGGAGGCAGAUCCUGCCUGCGCACAGGCCUUUUUGAGAUGCUGCCUUGAAGGAGAGGGUCUGAGACAAAAAAAGAUACGAGAGGACGCCCAAAAAGGACUCGGCAGGACUACUGAAUUAAAUGACAUUGAACAGUUCUUCUGGGACACUUCUGCUCAGUACAUUCGACGUUUUUUCCCCCCAAGCUUUGAUUUCACAGAAUUCACUGUAGAUGGUAAAGGAAGGUAUCCUUUGACUCUACCUGAUUCCAUCACCACAUGGGAGAUUCAGGUCGUCACUUUAUCUGCAACCACUGGUUUCUGUGUAGUUAAGCCGUCUGAGAUCAAAGCAUUUAAGAAGGCAUUUGUUUCUCUGCGACUGCCUUACUCAGUGAAGAAAUAUGAGCAACUAUCCAUUUCGCCUGUUAUCUACAACUAUGGCGAUACCAGACGACAGGUAGCAGUUCAUAUGGAAAAAACUGAAGGGCUUUGCUCCCCCGGCUCAGCCACUACGACAUCUUUUGUUAACAUUACUGUGGAGCCAGAGUCUUCCCAGUUUGUCUCCUUCUCUGCUGUCCCCAUGGUAACCGGCUCAAUACCCAUCAAAAUACGUCUCUAUGACAUAGAGGGUGAGAUCGGAAUAGACGCAGUUGAAAAGACUUUGAGUGUGUUGACAGAAGGAAUAGAAAAGAGAGUACAAGAAACCAGAGUGAUUCAAUUAGAUGGGAGGCGCUCAGAAACUAUCAAUAUUAAUGGCAUUUUACCAGAUAACAGAGUCCCCGACUCCAUCUCCAAUAUUUUCAUUUCAGUGGAAGGGGAUGGAUUUGGCAGUUCACAAGCGAGGAACCUUCUUUCUCCUCAGAAGGUUGCUAAACUGAUUGUAUUGCCAACGGGAUGUUUAGAACAGACGAUGGUACGACUGGCCCCGACAUUGUCAGCCCUCCGCUACCUCGACCUGAGUGAGCAAUGGUUCGACAUGCCUGCUGGUACCAGAGAUGAUGCCCUUGAUAAAAUCGAGACAGGUUAUAUAAGGAUUUUAGCAUACAAGAAACCCAACGGUUCUUAUGGAGCAUGGGGUUCAGUGCCAUCUAGUAAUUGGGUGACCGCCCUUGUGGUGAAAGUGCUAUCAUUGGUGGCGCAGCGUCAGACAGGGGCUUUUGGACUGCAGGGCAGGAAGGCUACGGUUGUGCCAUACGAUCAGAUCAGGCACUCAGUCAGUUACUUGCUCUCAGUACAGAAGACUGAUGGGUCAUUUCGUGACCCACAUCCAGUGCUACACAGAGGAGUUCUGAUAAGCCAAGACCAAUAUGCAUCCAUGACGGCGUUCAUAAAUCUUGCACUGCACCGGUCGCUUGAAUUCCUGAAAAACCAAUUGAAAAGUGAUGCGGAAGCAAGCAUUGCCAGAUCAACAACAUAUCUCCUGUCACACCUUGAGGAGCUUCAGCAUCCCUAUGCUGUUGCCAUUACAGUCUACUGCCUCGCAGUUUGCCUGCCAAAGGGAACAGACCAUUCAUCUGCCUGGACAAAGCUUCACACACUGGCUACUAAUGGGACAAAUGGCUGUUAUCUGUGGACAGCGAAUGCAUCCCCACAGAAUCAAGCGCAUGCAGCUGCCAUCACAGUAGAGACUACAGCCUAUGCCCUGCUCGCAGCAGUGGAACUCGGGCAUACCAAGUGGGCAGACCAAACAGCCUGCUGGUUAACCACUCAAGAAAACUAUUUUGGAGGAUACAAAUCAUCACAGGAUACCAUCAUGGCAUUGGAAGCCCUUGCGGAGUAUGAGCUAAAGAGGGCCGUCAGCCCUGAAGUAAAUCUAAUAGCAGAGUUCACAGUCCAAGGAAAGCGUGACAUUGUGAAACUUGCAUUGGAAAAUAAGAAGGAAAAGGUGGAAACAGACCUUAAGAAAUUUUCAGGGAACAACAUUGUGGUGAAAUUAACAGGAACAGGCGAAACCAAGCUUAAAAUUGUGAAGGCUUACCAUCUGCUGGACCCCAAGGCCGAUUGUGACCAACUGUCUAUCAGCGUCACAGUGGAGGGGAAAGUGAAGUACACCGCUAAAGUCAUAGAAAACUAUGAAUACUAUGAUGACUAUGAAAUCAACGAGGAAAAUGAGGCGCGUGUGCCACGAUCAGCAAAUGAGUGGUUUGAUGCUCGCACCCGAAACAGGAGAGACCUUACAACCAACUUAAAUUCAGAUGAGGCUGUCAGCUACACAGUCUGUGUCAGUCAUAGCCUGAACAGCAAUCUCACAGGAAUGGCUAUUGCUGACAUCACACUUCUGAGUGGAUUUGAGGCUGUAACUGAGGACCUGGACGUGCUCAAGGAGCCACCUGAGCAAUACAUUUCCCAUUAUGAGGUCUCCUAUGGAAGAGUGCUGCUCUACUUCAAUGAGCUCUAUAAAUCAGAAGAAUGUAUUAGUUUUGAUGCUAUACAGAGAGUACCGAUUGGUCUGCUCCAGCCUGCUCCAGCUGUGUUCUAUGAUUAUUAUGAACCAAACAGAAAGUGUACUGUGUUCUACUCCGCCCCCCGAAGGAGCAAAAUGGUCUCCAAACUGUGCUCAGAGGAUGUGUGCCAAUGUGCAGAAAGACCGUGUCAUAAAAUACAAAAUACAUUCCCAUCACGAAAUGUUCGGGGAAUCACACAGAAUGACCGUUUGAAACAUGCUUGCUUCUUCCCUAUAGUAGAUUACGCAUACAUGGUUGAAGUCCUCAAUGUUUCCAUCAAGAGUAACUUUGAGCUGUACACAAUGAAUGUAAACGACGUACUCAGAUCACAUGGAGAUUUCGAUGUGAAUGAGAAUUCCAUUCGAGUGUUUGCUCAGAGGCAUCAGUGUAGAGGACAGUUAGACGUGGGAAAACAGUAUCUCAUCAUGGGAAAAGAUGGCUCCACAACGGACUCAAAUGGAAAGAUUCAGUAUUUGUUGGAGUCAAACACCUGGGUUGAAAGAAUGCCUUCUGCAAAAGAAUGUAAAAAAUCUGCGAAUAGAUUUGCCUGCACAGGGUUUAAGUUGUUUACAGAUGAGUACAAGAUAGAUGGCUGCAGACAGUGAAACAGAAAAAUAAUUUUAAUUAAACUUUCCUUUUAGUAGUUUCCCAUGCGGUGCACAGUCAUCAUGGAAGUCUAGAGCUCUUUUUUUUAACCGUUUAUAAUCAUGAAUGAAUAGUAUAUGAACAUACAUAUACGUACUGAGACAUGCUUGCUAGACAGUAAGUGAAUGACUGACUCCACUAUAGUAUCAUUUUUAAGUUUACGACACUUACAAUGACUAUUAAUCAUGUCUUUAUGUCCAGUGUUUAAAUAAAUUCAUGUUUGCUAAAAACCUU